UCUCAGGGCCCUCAGUCGUCAGUCUUCAGUCUUUUUUUUUAUGUCUCGAAAUUUUCCGGCCAACUAUUGCGAAGUAAUCAAGUGGAAAACUGCCUCUCAGACUUUGAUAAAAAAUUAAAAGACCAGUUUAUCGGACUUGAGACUUAAUGUGUUCCUAAUUACCCGCGUUUGUUUAUUUUAUUUUUGUUGGCUGAUGAAAUACUUUCUCUUUUUCGUUGACUUAUUUCUGGGUCCCCUCAUAAUUUCUGGCCUGAACCAGAAGAGAGUGCGUGGGCGUGGCGUUAUUUUUGGAAGCAGAAAAAAUAAAAGUUUAUUGUGAAAACAAAACUAACCUUGGGUCCCUUUUUGUCGGUUGCCCGAAAACCACCAAACAAUGUGGUCAGACAGCAUUCCACAAAAUUAAUUUUGUUCGAAACUGCAGUAUAAAGUUGCAUAUUUUUCGUGCUUGUUUUUGGGUAUUUUUUGGUGAAAAAUUAUGACCUGCCUCUCGGACAUUGAUUUGGCCACCUUGCAUCAGAGCCGCUUGGAGCAGCGCUGGCACUACGGCCUACCCAACGAGUCCAUGUACCACACUGUAUUCCAUCAUCACCACCAUCCUGAUGGAUUCAGUCCAAUGACGCGUCUCUGUCUGGAGCGGAACCUCCUGAAGAAGGUGCAGAGCGACCUGAAUGGAAACCGAGUGGAUGGGGGGCACACCGAGAGCGGGGACCUGGCGUCAGGUGUGCAGCGCCGACGCUCCGGCACCUGGCCGCGCACUCGAAGUCUGAAUGCCCCAUCGCCUGUCCAACAGUUCGGACCAUGUGGACGCAUCAUGAAGAACUCCGCCAUGGUGAUGCAGAUCCAGGAUCCUGCUAGCCAGAGACUCACCUGGUAUAAGCCACCCCUCACCGUACUGGUCAUCAAAAAAGUCAGCGAUGCCUCGGUUCUGGCGCCAUUCGUCCAGCUGGUGGAUUGGCUGCUCCAGGAGAAGAACAUGGUGGUGUGGGUCGAGUCCGCCGUGUUGGAGGACUCACUACUUAACGAGGAUGUGCGAUUCAAUGCCUUGCGGGAUAAGCUAGUGACCUUCAAAGAUGGCCGGGAUGACCUGACGGACAGGAUCGACUUCAUUGUCUGCCUCGGAGGCGAUGGCACUUUGUUAUAUGCCUCCCUGCUAUUCCAGCAAUCGGUGCCACCGGUGAUGUCUUUCCAUUUGGGAUCACUGGGCUUUCUGACGCCCUUCCGCUUCGACAACUUCCAGGACCAGUUGACCAGCGUCCUCGAGGGUCAUGCCGCCCUGACCCUGAGGAGUCGGCUGCGCUGUGUGAUGCACCGGCGGAGCGACAGGAAGCACGAGGCCAAGACGGAGAUUGAUCCUUUGGCAGAUGGCCGUCCGGCGGCCAACAGCAUCCUGGUGCUGAACGAGGUGGUGAUCGACCGAGGACCCUCGCCAUACCUCAGCAACAUAGACCUGUUCCUGGAUGGGAAGUACAUCACUUCAGUGCAGGGCGAUGGCCUGAUUGUUUCCACACCCACCGGAAGCACCGCAUAUGCCGCUGCAGCGGGUGCUUCGAUGAUUCAUCCUUCCGUUCCUGCCAUUAUGGUGACUCCCAUUUGCCCGCAUUCCCUGAGCUUCCGACCCAUAGUGGUGCCCGCCGGAGUGGAGCUUAAGAUCUCUGUUUCACCAGAGAGCCGCAAUACUUCGUGGGUCAGUUUCGACGGCCGCAACCGCCAGGAGCUGUUCCAUGGCGACAGUCUUCGUGUGACCACCUCCAUCUAUCCGGUGCCCUGUAUUUGUGCCCAGGACCAGAUCUCCGACUGGUUCGCCUCCCUCGCCGAUGGCCUGCACUGGAAUGUGCGCAAGCGGCAGAAGUGCCUGGACGAGCUGUCGGACCUCACGGCGUCCGGCUCGGAGGACACGCUGGACGAGAUCGAGAACAUGAAAUUGUAUGAUGUUUAGUGCGCGUACUCGAAGUCUGAAUGCCCCAUCGCCCUUUCAGCAAUUCGGACCAUGUGGAC